AUGGAAGAGGAGAUGUUUUGUUACAUUCAUGAAGGUGGUGAGCUUGUUAAGACUGUUGUUGGGUCCGUCGAAUAUAAGGGAGGUCGGACCAAUUGCAGUGUUGUUAGCAAGAAUAUCUCACAACCUGAAUUCGUUUCAAAAGUAUGUGGUGUACUGAACUUGGAUUCCAAUUCCAUUAAAUUGGAAUUCACAGUCAAGUUUGACCCAUCAUGUCUAUUGCCAUUGCAUAAUGAUGGCGACAUAGUCAAUAUGUUCAAAUUCAACGACAUGUUUUGUCAUGUCUACAUCUCCCAGUGUACUGAAUGUGGUGAUGACCUCAUUUGCCCUACUAGUGGCCCAACCCCCAUUGUUGCUUCAAACUCAGCUCAUGUUUCCUCUAUUGGCGAGUCCCCAUUACACAUCUCUAAUGAGUUGCCCACAAUUCAAUCAGUUGGGUUUUCCCAAAGAUGUGCUAUGAAAAAUACCGUUCAACUUCAACCAAGUCGGUUCGAACAUUCAAUUGUAGGUAGUGGACAUACCUUCCCAAAUGCGUCGGAGUUUCGAGAUGCAAUCUAUUUGAUGUCUUUGGCUGGAAAAUUUCGAUAUUCUUACAAAAGGAAUAGUCCAAAACACAUGACCGUAGUAUGCACAAUUGAAGAUUGUCCUUGGAAAAUCACUGCGCAUGCAAUAGGGGAUUCAAACAUUGUUCAAGUACACACAUUCCGAAAUGUGCAUAACCAUUGCUUGGAAGAUGUUGUCUUGUCUCAGCCUUUAGUGAGAUCCACUCGUGCAUCGUUGGUCAUUGAUGAUGUCAUUCGAUCUACUCCUGAAUACCAACCACGCCAAAUUUGUAAGGACUUUGUAAGGCAACAUGGCAUCCAGUUAACUUACCUACAAGCAUGGCAAAUGAAGGAGAAGGCUAAGGAGCGCAUUUAUGGACAAUCCAAGAAUUAUUACAAAUUGUUGCCAUGGAUGUGUGAAAGAAUGCUUGCAACAAAUCCGGGAUUGAGUGUUGAGUUGAGUUAUUCCGAUGAUGACCAUUUUGAGAAGCUUUUUGUUGCUCAUUCAAUAUCUAUUGAAGGGUUUGUAAGGGGGUGUCGACUAAUCAUUGCAAUUGAUUUGGCUCAUAUGAGUGGGCCUUAUGGCGGUGCUCUAUUUUCAGCCACCUCUUACGAUGCUAAUGACUCCAUGUUCCCCUUAGCCUUUGGAGUGAUGAGCUCGGAAAAUUAUGAAGAUUGGUUAUGGUUCUUGGAAAAACUGAAGAUAGUUGUGGGAAACAAGGAAGUUAUUAUUAUCUCAGAUAGACAUCAUGCUUUGCUUCGUAGUGUCCCUGAGGUGUUUGGCAUUGAAAACCAUGCUUAUUGCUACCGUCACCUGAAAGAGAAUUUUAGUAGUUUCUUGUCCAAGCAUAACACACGAGGGAACAAGGGUAAAGAAAAUGCAUUGCAAUUCCUAGAUAGCAUUGCGUAUGGAAGGGGUUGGCAAAUGUUGGGAAUCCCUUGUGAGCAUGCCACAGCCGUCAUUAUUUCCAUUGGUCAAAAUGUUACUGAUUUCGUCGAUGAUUGCUACAAAUACCCAAUGCAAGAGUUGAUAUAUGGGGGCUCUUUCUCCGGCAUAGAGACCCAUGACAUGCCUACUGUGGACGAUGAUGGUUUGGUUCGAUCUAUCAUCGGGGAGGUGUUCUUCUCUCUAAAGCCUCCACAUACAAAGCGCCCUCUCGGAAGGCCAAGGAAGAAGCGCAUUGAGUCCCAAUUUCAAGAUAAACGGACUGUUUAUUGCUCUCGUUGUCAUAUGUCCGGCCACAACAGAAAAACCUACAAAAAUCCUUUGCCCUAA